AUACAGCGUAUCGAGGGCGGCGGUGGAUACGAUGUAACGAGGCCGGCCGGCCGCACACAAUGUAGCGAGGGCUGCGGCGGGCAGGUGGGGUGCUAUGGAAUAUGACGAGAAGCUCGCCCGGUUCCGGCAGGUCCACCUCAAUCCUUUCAACAAGCAGCUCGGGCCCUGGCAGCAUGAACAGGGGCCUGGCAAGGAGGCGCUGCAGGUCGCUUCUGAAGAGGCCCUGCCCGAGCUGCCCCCGGGAGAGCCAGAGUUCCGCUGUCCUGAGCGCGUGAUGGAUCUAGGCCUGUCCGAGGACCACUUCGCCCGCCCCGUGCAGGGCCUGUUCCUGGCCUCUGACAUCCAGCAGCUGCGGCAGGCCAUCCAGGAGUGCAAGCAGGUGAUCCUGGAGCUGCCGGAGCACUCGGAGAAGCAGAAGGACGCCGUGGUCAGGCUCAUCCACCUCCGGCUGAAGCUCCAGGAGCUGAAGGACCCCAGUGAGGAUGAGCCCAACAUCCGAGUCCUUCUCGAGCACCGAUUCUACAAGGAGAAGAGCAAGAGUGUGAAGCAAACCUGUGACAAGUGUCACACCGUCAUCUGGGGGCUCAUUCAGACCUGGUACACCUGCACAGGGUGUUAUUACCGCUGUCACAGCAAGUGUUUGAACCUCAUCUCCAAGCCCUGCGUGCGGUCCAAAGUCAGUCACCAGGCCGAGUAUGAGCUGAACAUCUGCCCCGAGGCAGGGCUGGACAGCCAGGAUUACCGCUGUGCUGAGUGCCGGGCACCCAUCUCUCUGCGGGGUGUGCCCAGCGAGGCCCGGCAGUGCGACUACACCGGCCAGUACUACUGCAGCCACUGCCACUGGAACGACCUGGCCGUCAUCCCAGCGCGUGUGGUGCACAACUGGGACUUCGAGCCGCGCAAGGUGUCCCGCGGCAGCAUGCGCUACCUGGCGCUGAUGGUGUCGAGGCCCGUGCUCCGGCUCCGGGAGAUCAACCCUCUGCUGUUCAACUAUGUGGAGGAGCUGGUGGAGAUCCGGAAGCUGCGCCAGGAUAUCUUGCUCAUGAAGCCGUAUUUCAUCACCUGCAGGGAGGCCAUGGCGGCACGCCUGCUCCUGCAGCUCCAGCACCGGCAGCACUUCGUGGAGAGCGACGAGAUGUACUCCGUGCAGGACCUGCUGGACGCGCGCACGGGCCGCCUGGGCUGCUCGCUGGCGGACACCCACACGCUGUUCGCCAAGCACAUCAAGCUGGACUGCGAGCGGUGCCAGGCCAAGGGCUUUGUGUGUGAGCUCUGCAGAGAGGGUGACGUGCUCUUCCCCUUCGACAGCCACACGUCGGUGUGCGCCGACUGCUCCGCCGUCUUCCACAGGACGUUGCCUUCCACGGCUGCGGUGCGGUCAUAACAUCAGGAAGUUGACAUUGAUUUGGGACCAUAAAACCUACAACAAACCGUAUUCAGAUUUUGCCAUUCAGUUGCCAUGUCGUUUUAGCUUCUAAUCUGGAAGGGUUCAUGACACUGACAUUGAAAAGCACAGGCUAGGGACGUCCCUGGUGGCGCAGUGGUUAAGAAUCUGCCUGCCAAUGCAGGGGACAUGGGUUUGAGCCCUGGUCCGGGAAGCUCCCACAUGCUGCGGAGCAACGAAGCCCAUGCGCCACAACUACUGAGCAUGUGCUCUAGAGCCCACGAGCCACAAGUACUGAGCCUGCGAGCCACAACUGCUGCUACUGUGGCAGCACAACAACUGAAGCCUGUGUGCCUAGAGCCCCUGCUCUGCAACAAGAGAAGCCACCGCAAUGAGAAGCCCGCGUGCCGCGAGGAAGAGGAGCCCCCGCUCACCACAACUAGAGAAAGCCCACGUGCAGCGACGAAGACCCAACGCGGCCAAAUAAAUUAAUUAAAAAAAAAAAAAAGGAAAAGCACAGGCUAAUUAUUCUGAAGACUUUCCUUCAGUGUGGGUUUUUCUGAUUGAAUUUGGGCUUUGCACUUUUGGUGGGAUUUUCACAGAAGUGAUGCGGUGUCUGUAGUGUGUCAUCUGUCCUACUCCUGGAGAUGCUUUGGUCCCCCUGUCUCCUGUGUCCUUUUGACAUGUUCCUGGCAUUCUUUAGGCAUUUGCUUCCUUUCCAGCGUAGCAAGGUAUUCCAGGCUUAUUCUGUAAUUUCCCCAGUCCCAGCCCUGGAACCAGUCAUGUUUCUGAGGAGCCCCAGAACCUUCUGGUGGAGCAUGGCACUCAGGAAACAAGACGUGGUUGGUGGUUACGCUCAUGGCUGGGGUAGGAAAUAGUACUGCAUGUCCAUUUCCUUAUUGGUCUAUAAACAUAUUAAAAACCAUGAGUUUACACUGAUACUUCCAAUUUCAAAACAACACAAGAGUCAUUCUUUCCCUUUUUCAUAUUUGCAAUUCCCUUGCUUGACAGUGAGACACCCGGCUCCAUUAUCCGUAAUAUACUUAUUUGCUCAAUCCUAGAGUACACACAAAGCACCUUCGGCAUUGCCCACCUAUGCUGGUGAAAAACAAGGCUACUAACAAGCGUUUAAUAUUUGUUUAGAUUCUUUUUUGUCUCUAGUCUGAGGGCAUAUAGUCAAAAUAAGGUGUUUAAAAUUUACUUGGGUGUUUCUCCCCCUUCGUUGUGGAUACGCAGUUCAUGCGCAACACAGUUCCGUUCAUAUACUCCACUGUUUUCUUUCCCUACCCUUGUUUACUUUUGUUUGUGCAAUAUGUUAACAUGGUUCCCCAAUCAGAACUUCCCAAAAGGUACAAACGUUACAUUCCCCCCCCACCCCCAUAACCAAUCUCUUUAGUCUCCGGUUUCUCCUUCCUGUGUUUCUUUUCGUACAGGAGUAAGAUACGUGUGUAUUUUAUUUUCCCUUCUUUCUUCCACAAAAGGUAGCACACUCUACUCUUGCACGUUGCUUUUUUUCAAUUAAUAAUAUAUCCUGGAAACCACUCCACAUCAGCUGAGUUCUUCCUUAUUCUACUAUUAUGGUAGCUAUCAUCAUUUACAACUGUCUUACAUUCCACCGUGUGGAGGUGCCAUUUUAUAUGUGACUAUUUCACUGGAGACUCUUCAGGCUGUUCCGUAGCUCUUGCAGUUACAAACAAGGCUGCAACAAAUAAUCCGUGCACAUACAUUUUCUUUCGUUGUCAGUGUAUCUUUAGGGUAUAAUCCUAAAAGUGGGAUUGCUAAAUCAAAAGAAAUAUAUUUUUCACUAGUGUUCAAUGCCCCUCGGUAAGGGAUGUGCAAACCUGCACUCUCACCAGCAAUGAAUGAGGGUGCCAGUAACGCCACAGCCACACCAAGAGAAUGUGCAGUCACACUUCCUGAUCAUUGCCGAUCUGAGUGAUGAGAAAUGCUACCUGUAUAGCUUUCAUCUGCAUUUCUCUUGAGGUCAAGCUUAUGUUUCAGGAUCUAGUUUACUUAUUUAUGAAUUCUAUGUUUUGCCCACUUUUCUAUUGGAUUUUUGGUAUUCUCAAUCUUUAACAGUCCUUCACUCAUGAGGGAUAUUAGCCCAUUAUCUGUAAGAAAUUUUCUUCCGGUGUGUCAUCUGCCUUUGACCUUGUAUUUUAUCCUCAUAGAAAAGUUUUGUUACCUUUUCAUAUGGUUAAACUGAUUAAUCUUAAAUUUCCUCUAGAUUUUGAGUCCUAGAAAAUCUUCCCAACACCCAAGUCAAAGACAUUCAUCCGUGUGUUUUGUAGUACUUCCAUGGUUUCAGUUUUUCCAUUUAGAUCCCUCAUCUGUUUGUUUAUUCUUGUGUAUGCCGUGAGUUAUGAAUUAACUAUCUUUUGCCAAAUUUUAACCAGCUGUCCUGCACUAUUAAAAAAAAAA